AUGACCACCGAUGGACUGAAAACGUUGCGCGCUCUCGCAAAAAUUAUCAACGAGUCCGUAGACACUCUUGAGACCGCGUAUACCAAAGCUGGCCAGCCGUUGCCCCCGCUCGACGCCCCGUUUGACCCGAGCAACCCGGCCGAGAAAGUCCGCGAUGAGCCCGCAGUGGCCACAGCGAUCCUGAACAUCAUGGCGGCAACAUCGCAAAUGGCUGCCACCGUUCGCGCCCCAGCCGCCUCCGUUCUCGAUGCUUCUCAAGCUUUCCAUCUUUCCGCUUGCCUUCGCGUCGCAUCGGAGCUUAACGUAGUUGAGAUUCUUCGCGAGGGCGGAUCGCAGGGCCUCAACGUCAAAGAUAUCGCGGCUCCCAGUAAAGCUGAUCCUGCCCUGCUCGCACGUUUUCUACGUUUGCUAGCAACACACAACAUUUUCCGUGAAGUGUCGCCAAAUGUUUUUGCCAACAACCGAGUGUCGUCCGCGCUCGAUAAGGGCAAGACAUCAGAAGCGCUCUACGCCAACCGGCCAGAGCGGCUUCUUGGUACAAACGGUGUUGCGGCGCUCGCAGAGUUCUUCUCCGAAGACAUUUUCAAGAGCUCCGCAUGGCUCGCUGAUACCAUUCUCGAGCCCAAGGAAGGCCAACUUCCGUACAACAAGGCGUUCGGAACGGACUUGCCACUGUAUUACUAUAUGCAGAAGCCAGAGAACCUGUACAGGCUACAGCGUUUCGGCCUCGGCAUGCAAGGAACGGCGGCGACCGAAUCUCCAGACGCCAUCUUCACUGGUUUCGAGUGGGGCUCGUUGCCAGAGGGCGGCGUCCUGAUCGAUGUCGGCGGAGGAAACGGUUUCACAGCUUUGACCAUUGCCCAAAAGCACCCCAAGAUUAAGGUGAUUGUGCAGGACCUCGAUGUUGAGGGAGCCAAGACGCUCUGGAAGGAUAGCUUCCCAGCCCACGUCGAGAAGAACUUGGUCGAAUUCCAAGCCUACGACUUCUUCAACCCGCAACCCGUCAAGGAUGCCGACGUUUUCAUGCUCCGCUACAUCGCCCAUAACUGGAAUGAUGGCCUGUUCACCAAAAUCUUGAAGAACCUGCGUGACUCAGCUAAACCGACCACCAAACUCAUCAUCAUCGAGAAGAUCCUCUCCCUUGCAUCUGCUGCCCCCGCCACCGACAUUCCCGGAGCCCAGAAACCUUCCGCACCGGCUCCCUUAUUGCCUAACUGGGGUGUUGGCACGGCUGAGUUCUAUCUGUACGACAUGGCGGUCCACACUAUGCUUGGAGGCGGAGAGCGCACGCUUGCCGGGUUUGUUGAUGUUCUUGCCGCUGGUGGUUGGAAGGUCACUUCCGUCCACCACACCACGGGCUCGCAGCUGAGCCAUAUUGUCGCACUGCCGAACUAG